CCGACCUCUCCGCGCCUCAGUUCUUUUUCACACCUCGUAUCGAAGUGACGUGAUCAGCCACCGUGCGCCUGUAGUUCCUCGGUUACUUCUGUCUGUUGUCGCUCGGUCGCCGGUGCAGCGACGAUGCCGCGUCCGUCGCGCGAAUCCUACGGGGAUCAAAAACCUCCCUACUCGUACAUAUCCCUCACCGCCAUGGCGAUUUGGAGUUCACCGGAGCGGAUGCUGCCCCUAUCGGAGAUCUACCGGUUCAUUAUGGACCGGUUCCCGUAUUACCGCCGAAACACUCAGCGCUGGCAGAACUCUUUGAGACACAAUUUGUCGUUCAACGAUUGCUUCGUCAAAGUGCCCCGUCGGCCGGACCGACCCGGAAAAGGCGCCUACUGGACUCUGCAUCCGCAAGCAUUCGACAUGUUCGAGAACGGCUCGCUGCUGCGUCGCCGGAAGAGAUUCAAGCUGCAGAAGGGAGAGAAGGAUAACUUGAAUGCGGAGUUAGCGGCGCUCGCGAGUUUCAACAGAGCUUUCCUGGCGCGGCAGGCCGGGGCGCCGCCGCCGCUGCCGAGUGCGGGCCUGUACACGCCUCCGAUGUGCGCGCAGAUGAGCCCGGAGCCGGCAGAGUUACCGGAGGUGGUGACGGUGUUGCCGCGGGAGAGGCCGCGACGAGCGUUCACAAUCGAGGCGCUGUUGGAGCCAGAGCCGCCGCGUGCGUCUCCGUCGCCACCGCCGCUGGGGCUGGCGAUGCCGGUGCCUCGCGUACAGUUCGUGCCGUCCUACGUGUUAGCGGCGCAGCGUUACCAGGCGGAGCUCCUCCAGGCGGCGGCGGCGCUGCGGCCCUGCUACCUGCCGCCGCCGCUGCUGCCCGUCGCGUGACAUCGAUCUCUCGUUAACUGCUCCGACAUUACGUGCAAUGCUAGGUUGUAAGUACAGAAUUUUAUAAGACUCUAAUGACAUUCCAGUCUUAAACUAUAGUUGUUUCAUUAAAUAAUUUAUUUGCUGAUUGAUAGCAGUCGUAUGUUUCAUCUAUAAAAUAUUUAAUGUGGAAGAAAAUGAAGUGUAUAGUAGUAAAAAUUUACUCGUAGCCUUCGUGUUGUAAAUAUAAUGGCGCGGCGACAGGCUGAGGCCUAAAGCGGCCGACGUAGCACGAGCGAGGUAACUCGUAACUGCUGAACGUGGACGUGUUAAUAUAAUUAGUGAUCUCACUUGUAGAUAUUUAUUAGUUAGUGUUAAUCUUUAAAUACUUCCUACAAACAAAUUGGAAAACAGAAGAGAAUUAUAGGCUCAUAGAAACUGAGGCAGUAAACGAAAAUUAAUAUGAGAUUAAUGUUUCACAAUCAAAUCACGGAUUAAGUAGAUACAAUUUACAGAAUUGUACAAGAUCAAACGAUUUAACAUUUGAUCUUAUCAAAUUCCUUAAUCAAUCAAUUAUCAAUUGCCUAAUUUCCUAAAAACAAUAAGUUAUCGUUAAAGUAGGUACUCAGUCGAUCCUAUGUAUUUUCCGUUGACUGCCUAAGUUUUAUCAAAAAAGCUCAUCGACAUAUAAUCAAGAUCAAGUUAUUACUUAUAACAUCAUUGAAAAAUGUAAACUAUCCAGCUUGCUUGUAGAUAUGUGUACUUUAAAAAGUAUUUAUUGAAUUCAAAAUGAAAACUUAAUAGAUUUUUAUGUUUUUAGUAUGGAACCUGUAAAUAAUAUUUCAAUGUUUGUAAAUCAUGUGUCACCUCGAAAGUUGUUAUUUAUUUUAGCUUGUUGUUACGCGAAUAGAUAGAAUAUAAUUAAUAGCUAUUAUAUAGAUAUAUUCAUUAUUGUAAAUAUUGUUUUCACUGUUAUUAUUUGAGCAGAUAGGUGGGUACAUAUCUACCUAUCCAUUAAAUACAUAAUGCUAAUUGA